AUGCUUGAGAGCCAGACUAUGCUCGAUCUGUGCCUACUGGCGCGAGAAAACGAUGUGGAUGUGGACCGCUGCAAGGCCUACGUGAUCAGGAUUCUUCUUGGAUCGGGGAAGGAACUCGAGCCACCGCGAGACGCUACGACCGACUGCGCUGCUCUGUUAGCCUUGUUCACCGCGGCGAACGGCCCGUCAUGGAAAACAAGCACGGCGUGGGGUGACGUCUGCCCCCUUGGAGAGUGGUACGGCGUUACCGUGGAUGAUGACGGUCGGGUGUCACAACUGAACACGUACAAGAACGGGCUGUCCGGUGCUUUUCCACCGGAGUUGGCCAGACUGACGGCGCUCACGAAAUUGAAUCUCGGCGGGAACAACCUAACCGGACUGAUUCCGUCUGCUCUAGGAGGGCUAACGGGUCUGGAGAAGCUGAGGCUGGACCCAAACGAACUGAACGGAUCGAUUCCGUUUUCUCUGGGAGGACUGACGGCUCUGCAGGAGCUGUGGCUGUACCAAAACGGACUGAGCGGACCGAUUCCGUCUGCUCUGGGAGGACUGACGGCUCUGCAGAAGCUGAUACUGAGCAAUAAUCAACUGAGCGGACCGAUUCCGUCCGUCUGCUCUGGGAGGACUGACGGCUCUGCAGGGGCUGGGGCUGAGCAGUACUCAACUGAGCGGCGCCAUUCCGCGCGAGCUGGGCAAGCUGACGGCGCUAACGUGGCUAAGUCUCCACAGCAACAAUCUUACCGGCUCCAUUCCACAGGAGCCUCGACAACUGAAGGCACUGAGGGUUGGUUCUACGGGAACAACUUCAGCGGAACCAAGGCGGACGUCCAACAGCUGCUCCCGGACAACUGCUUGGUGGCUGAGACGACCACGCCACCACUGGGCACGUUGUCCAUGCGCGCCCACGAGUUUGCGUUUAUGAGCUACGCAUAACGUUUGAGAGAGGUAGCUCAUGUCCUCGCGGAGAAGGAAGAUGCCCGGCAAAAUAUGGUGAGGAAUAUUUGCUGCGUGUUGGUCACUUACCGCCGAGGGAACGGUCCGUGUCUAAACUGUUUCCUCACGAACUCUGGUAACGCGGUGGCGCCAGGGCAUGCGAACGAGGGGGGGUGACGAUCUCCUUCCACCCAAGUCGCAGGUUCUAUCGUUCCAUACAUGGCUUCCUCGAACAGCGGGUUUCCCCGCGCCGAUGUGACCACUGAUGUGUGAUUGGGGAGGUGGAUGGUUUUCAGUGC